UGAAAUAAACAUGGUGCACGUAAACAUUCCUGCGGCACUUACUGAGGAGGAAGAAUUACUGCAGAAGAAAUAUGCUAAGUUGAGGAGGAAGAAAAAGGUAUUGCAGGCUCUAAAAGCACCAAAGGCAGAGGCACCAGUCCCUCAGGCAGAAUCUCUCAAAAGAAAACAAUCUGAAGCAUCAGCAGUAGAUGCCAAAGAGCAAGCUAAAAAACUUCUGAAAUCUGGAGCUAUUAAACUAGGACCAGGAUACAAAGAUAAACAUAGCUUCAAGAAGUCUAGGAAUUUGGAAAAGAAGUUAAAGGAUCCUGAAAAACUCAGUUUAUCUUACAAUUUCCAACCAUUUUCUCCCACUCCGCCAGAAGAGCCAGAGCCUUCCAAGCCCAAAGUGAAAGGCCUGUAUGAAAGUUUUGUGAGUUCGUCAGAUAAAGAACAUGGAAGGCAUGACAGAGAAUCUAGAAGGGACCGAGGAGAUCGUCCAGAGAGAGACAGGGACCGUGAAUAUCCUAAGAAAGGCAACACUAUUUAUGUGUAUGGCCAGGGAAUCACUGAGGAGAUGCUGAAGAAAGCUUUUGCAAACUUUGGCACAGUGGUCAAUAUUAACAUGGAAGUUGAAAAGAAUUGUGGUUUUGUGACAUUUGAGAAGAUGGAGUCUGCAGAGGAGGCCAUCACUCAUAUGAACAACACCAUGGUGCAGCAGAUCCAGCUCAGAGUGUCCCUGGCCAGACGACAACCCACUUUUGAACAAAUUGCUGACCCGAGUAACGCCACAUGGACGACAAUAGCUGCCAACAAUUCCCAGAAAGGAUUUCAUAAAGAUAAAAGACAAUUGGUUUCUUAUGACCCAGAAGAGGAUAUUUUUUAAUAAGGAUAAAUUAUUUUAUAUUUGCAAAAAAAAAAAAAAAAAAAAAAAAAAAAAAAACAAGAAAAUUUAGAAGCAGCAAGAGAAUUUGCCACACUUUGGUUGCAGCUUUACUGAAAAAUCUGUAAGGCAACAAGAACACAGAUAUUUGACUGUCAGAUAUUGAUGUUAAAAAGGGUGAAUUCUUAUGACAGAAGUAAGGUUCGUCAGGCUCACGUUUCCAUGACAACAGCAAACUUCUCUUACCAAGUACACACAGAUCAUCUUUUUUCCAGUAAAAAAACUUUGGAAUAGAAAAUAUUACAUUUGCAGUGAGAAGAAGUGACUCUUCUUACCUACGUACUUUAUUAUUUGGCUCAUUAUACAAGUCCAAGCAUGGAUUCAUUUUGGGAAAAGGUCUGUUUGAAGUUAUUGAAA